AUUAGUAAAUUUAUAUUUUAGGUUGAAAAUGUUGGCUAUGUUAUCAAUUGAGACUGCUAUGGUCGAAAAACUUGACUAUAGGAGUUUAAUGGAUGAUUUUGCAGAAAAAAAUGCAAGAAGAUCUAUAUUUCAGCAAUAAGUGUUUUAUCAAUGUUUUUUAUAAACAUAUUAUGAAAUUUGAUUUUUUAAUGAAAAUUUAAGUUAUUUUUUAUACUGUUUUGUGAUCUUGAUAAAACAUGUAUGAGGGCAUAGUUUUAAAUUUUGAUUGGGGCAAUAUAAAAGGUUGGUCCGGCACUGCGUACAACGUUAAUGGUACUUACUUUAUACUUUAAAUAACAAUAAUAAAUCAAGCGUUUAGUUUAACUAAAGGAGGCUCAGGAAAUACUAUUUUUAUUAGAAAUAAAUACCCCCACCAUGCUGAAACCUAAGGAAAAUAAUUUAUUUUGGCAUAAUUACAUAAACAUUUGAGUUAUAGUUUUGACAUCCUAAUCUAUACUAACUUAUAUAAUUUAAUUUUGUUCGACUAUAGAUUUCGAUGAUAUUAACUGGAUCACAAAAAUUUUUAAGCUAACUUUUUUUUUUGUUUUCACAGAGAAGGCUGACCUUUAAGCUUCAAAAUGAUCACCCGUCAAUGAUCACGUAAUUGAUUUAAUGGUUAAUGCAAUGCAAUAACUUCAGAGUUCAUAAGUUAAUUAAACGUCAAUUACCGUUUCGCUCUUCCAUUAUAUAACCAAAGCAACAACAACAAUUCUUCACAAAUGUUUACUAGAAACAAAAGCAUGAACAACAUCAAACAGUUUCUCUUAGCCAUUUUUAUUUAUCUUGUUUUAUCAUGUCAUGAUCGUGUAUUAGCAAGCAGCACGACCACCAGAGACAUCAUAGUCCCGAAGAUUUCUGACUGGCAAAUCACGGUGGUCAACGGUUUAAUCACCAGUGAAACUCUCUUCGUCCAUUGUAAAUCUAAAGACGACGACUUAGGCGAACAAAAUCUGCAUCUGGGAGAUAGAUUUUCUUGGACUUUUGGAGAAAAUAUGCUUCACUCAACGUUAUUUUGGUGCUACUUGAGUAAAGAUGAUGGUCAUAUGAAUGUGAAAGUGUUUUGGGAUGAUGUAAUUUUGUUUCAUAGAUGCGGUUGGGAAAAAUGCGUUUGGACCGCUAAAACUGAUGGGCUUUAUCUUUGGAACUCUGCUAUUGGUGAAGGCUUAUUACUAGAGAAAUGGGAAACUGGGUGGUGAAGAAAUUUUUCUUGCUAAUUGUAUGAUUAUAAAUUAAUUUUGUUGUUUUAUGCAUAAAAAAAUACUAAUUCAUAAUAGCUUUCAUAAAUCUCCAUGUUUCACUUUUAAACUUUUCCACUAAUAAUAAAAUGUUUUGUUUGUUAUUAAAUUUAUAUAUCUAUAUAUACAAACCUGUUAAUAUAUGUGAUGUACUCAUGGACAUAAAAUGAUAAAAAAAUCAUUAAUUAAAAUAUAUUGUUGCGACACUAUAAUGAUAAUGCAUUACAUAGUUUUUUAUUUAAAGGAUUUUCUUUAAGAAUUUUAUCUGAAAAUAAGAUUUUGAUUUAAAAUGUAUUGUUAUGGCAAUUUUAUUUAAAAUACUCUAACACACAUUUUGGACAACAACAUGAACUUCAUUCGAUCUUGUAUUGAUCUCAAUUGCUAAUGGAUAUAAUACGAAAAUGUUUUGUUUCUGUUUGACAUACAUCACUGAGGUUUGGUUUGAUCUAUAAGUGUGAUUAUCAUUCUCUAGAACUCGAGAAAUACUCUAGUUGGUUAUGAAUAAUUAUUUUUUUACUAAUGGCUUUCAUUAUUUAUGAAUAAGUGGUAAAACCCCAUCUUAAACAAAAUCUAACUGAUAAUCAUUAAAAGAAUAUGAGAAAUAAAAAAAAGGAAUGAAG